UUGUUCGCAAUUUCCUCACAGAAACGGUACAACAGGUGUAAUACACGGAAAACAACAUGAGCAAUCUCUUGGCUGUAAUUUGUAUUGCUGCCUACUAUACGGUGUAUCUCGAUGCCAAGUUUUCUCGGAGGUACGUCAGAAACGUGGACUUUGAUGAUAAAAAGUCAGAUGACGAACUUGUAGGAGAGUAUGCUUUAUCGUUUAAAGACUGUGCUGAGAAAUGUAGGGGAGAUUGUGAGGUCUUUGUGUAUAAUAAGGUAUUGAAGAAAUGUCGGCUCCACAGGAAUCUCACCAUGUUGGCAACAUCAGAAGAGAAAGGCUGGAGAUCUUUCUUUAAUGAUUUUCUCGCUACAGACUGCCAGGAUCUUCUUGAUAAAGGUCACAUUAAUAGCGGUGUGUACGACAUCUAUCCCUUUAGGAUCCCCUCCAUUCCUGUCAAGGUGUUCUGUGACCUGACUACAAUGGGAGGGGGAUGGACGGCAAUUCAAAAACGGAUAGAUGGAUCUGUGACCUUUGACAGGAACUGGACAGAUUACAAAAAUGGGUUUGGUUCACCGGAAACGGAAGUCUGGAUUGGAAAUGACGUAAUCCACCAGUUGACAAAGGAAAACACUUCAUCCCUGUAUGUGUCCAUAACUCUUCCUAAUGGUACAAAUUUGUAUGAAAUGUACGGCGGAUUCUCUGUCUCCGACGAAGCAGGAAAAUAUCAACUCUUUCUUACAGGACCUGCCACGGGGACCCUAGGUGACAGAAUGUUAGAUACUGGUUCUCCUGAUAACUACGAUCUGUCUGGGAUGUUCUUCAGUACCCCAGACAAUGAUAACGACGGAUGGAGUGGUGGUCACUGUGCUGCUUCCUUUGACACUAGAGGAGGCUGGUGGUUCCGCUCCUGUCACUCCGCCUUACUUAACGGUCCCUGGUCCCCAAGGUCCUGGGGCUGGCCAUGGUAUCCCGCAGUAAUGACUGAGACAUCAGUGAGGGGGACCAAGAUGAUGAUAAAACGUCACUAGAUGACGGAUCACAUAUCAAUUAGAAAAAUCAUUUAUGAUAAAGGAGACGGUUUUAAAUUUAUCUUUAUCAGGGAGUUCUUCAUUUAAAAAAAAGUUUGACAUCAAGUGAGAAAACGUAUGAACAAAAAUGCUUUCAGUAAAGGACGUGAACUAUUUUUCAAAGAAAUAAAUUAUUGUAUUUUUGU